AACGCUGGCCACUUUCUAGUCAUGUGAUUCCAUGAGGGUGCGACCUUUCCAAAGCAGUUGCACCUCGACGCCUCACCUCUUCCCGUAUCUACAAACAACCAGUAAAUCUAAUCUGGGCGGCCAAAUACAUGGAUCUGCCAGACAACUUGUUACAUGUUCAGACGUGUCCAAAGUUGGACAGGGUAAAAGUGGCCAGAUAUCUGGCAAAAUAUUUGCAAUAAAGCCCAGAUUUACCUUCAUCAAAAAAAUAGGAACACGCCCUAUUACCUAUAUUUUUGAAUAGGGCUGUUGGUGUAUCACCUUAGGUGGCUGCUGUCCGACUCUCAAUUGCAGUAUUUUUUCAUCGUCUGUCGCUUAAUGACAUUUCCAAAAACAUUAUGUUGGUUGUCAGUCUCAAGCAGCCAGCAUGAUUUUGCAUUUAGUGAGAUUCACGAAAAAUACUCCACGUCAAGAAUCAAUUUACGUAUUUUCAGAAGUGUCCAUAAUGUGAGGCGGUGACUCCCAUACAUCCUACGAAAUAAUUUAGACGAGAUUAUAGAUACCUGGCUGUUGCAUGGUGGGGUGUACGCUCCUGUGCUUGCUUCGUAUGUGAUAAGCCAGGAAUGUUCAAUUUUAAGGUCUGGCGAAAGGGCCUGGCUUUGAACUAAUUAAGCCACUAGCCGCUCGUCAACCUCAAAGGUCGUUUAAAUAGUUGAGUGUGGGGCACGUGAAACUGCAGUACCCGUUCCUAAUCGGAUCAAAUGUCUUUGUUUCAUGAUAAAUAGACCUACCUCAAAUUGUUUAUAGAGUCAAUCUCUAUUGUGUAUUUUACAUGCAAGCGAUUAAAAUAACUGUAGACAAUUGCCAGAUCCCAAAACAAUACUUGACCUAAAUUCCCAAUAGCGUUUAUGAGCCAGUAAAACUAGUUUACAGGGGGGUUGGUGUAUUGCCGCAUUGGGGAAUUGCAGCCAGCCAUUAAAUGUUGCGAAAAUGAAUUCUGUCAAAACGGCUGGUGCAUUGGAAGAUUUUCGCAAUCUGUUU